AACUCGCAUGUCAAGUCGUCGUUUGUGUGUCGCAUGUGUUUUUUUCUAUUUUGUCGAGUGUGAAGUGUCCAUCAUGUCGCAGGGUACAACCCUUCGAACCCUCUUCGCCGCGGCGGCCAUCAAAGGAUGGGUGGUGAAGCAAAUGGAUAUAGUAACGGCCUUCCUCAACGGCGUUUUGGAGGAAGAAACCUACAUGGAGCAGCCAGAGGGGUACAAUGAUGGGAGUGGCAGAGUGUGGAAGCUAAAGAAAGCACUCUAUGGCCUCAAGCAAGCCCCUAGGCAAUGCCAAGGUGCUAUUGCAUUGGCUAAGAACCCCGUUCUUCAUGGCCUUACCAAGCACAUGAAGGUGAAGUGGCAUUGGGUGAGGAGCAUGGUAACCACGGGUGAAGUGGAGUUGCACUACGUGAAGACGACGGCGCAACCAGCUGAUAUGAUGACCAAGAGGCUGGUUGAGCAGCAGUAUUGGAAGUGUUGCAAGCUUGCGGGGAUGGCUCUGAACUAAGGGGAGCAGAUUCUAAGGCCAACAAUCCGAGGGGGAGUUUGUUGGUGCAACCCUAU